AGUGUUUUCCCGAAUGAUUCAGUGAUGCAGUUUUGUUGUUGUUGCAAGAAAAUAAGUGAUGGUGACAUCUUCUGUACGUAAAUUGGUGAGCACUCCGACGUGAUGGAUGAACCUGAGUGGAAAACGAAACGAAGAGCCAAGUGGAUUCUUCUUGUUGUGCUAUGGUCCUUGCGAUUGGGACUGUGUCUGUGGCCUCAGUAUGGAUACAUACACCCUGAUGAAUUUUUCCAAGGCCUGGAACCCAUGACUGGUGCCGUGAUGAACUACAACGUGUCCCUGCCCUGGGAAUUCACCGACGAACACCCGAUCCGCAACAUCCUCUUUCCCGGGCUCUCCGUGGGUCUACCCGCGACCAUCAUGCGUUUCCUCUUCGGCUCCUCGGGCGUGUCGGCGUUGAGUCUGCUCCGAGCCCCGAGGAUCCUCGUGUGUCUCCUGUCGUUCCUGGUGGACGCUGCCAUGUACUUGGCGACGAAGGAAGUCGGAAGGGAUCCCUUGUAUCCCUUGCUGGUGCUGAAUUCCUCUCACGUCAUGCACGUGUACUCGUUUCGGACGAUGUCGAAUGCGAUGGAACUGGUGCUGUUUGCCUUGUUGCUCUACAGGUGCGGGGGGUUUUUU